AUGAGUAAAAAAAUUAGUUUUGGUAAAAUAAGCGCAAAUUUUGGCCAAAAUUCCAAACCUAUAGAAGCAACUGGCUCCAUUGGCACAUUUGGGCCCCCUAAGGCUAUUGAAGUAUUGGAAGAGGACACAGAGCAGCAAAAUUUGAAAAAUGUCAUGGGAAUCGCGUCUUUUGGCAAAAAAGCCAAGUCGUUUGACAUAAAAGAAAUGAUGGAGCAGGUAAAAAAAACAGCAAAAGAAGUAACAAAACAACCUGAAGAAGCGAAAUUGGACGAAGAAGAAGAUAGUGACGACGAAGAUUUUAUUGGACCCCCAUUGCCGGAUAAUUUAAUGCAGGGAAGCAAACAAGAAGAAAAAAAAGAAGAAAACAGUGAUAGCAAUGAUAGUGAUGAAGAAGAAACAACUGAUAAGUUAUUUAUACCUUGUGCACAGGAAGCAGCAAUGGUGCAUGGUAAUAAAGCUGUGACAGCUUUAAGUGUGGAUCCCAGUGGAGCUAGGUUAGCUUCUGGUUCAGUGGAUUACGAUGUUAGUUUUUGGGAUUUUGCUGGAAUGGACUCUAACAUGAGAAGCUUUAGAACAUUACAACCCGCUGAUAACCACCCUAUUAGAGGCUUGCAUUAUUCAAGCACUGGAGAUUUGCUUUUGGUUAUAUCGGGGGCCAGUCAGGCCAAGGUUAUCGAUAGAGAUGGGUUUGAAAAAUUGGAAACUGUCAAGGGGGAUAUGUAUAUUACAGACCAGGCCAGGACUAAAGGCCAUACUGCUGGCUUGUUGGCUGGAUGUUGGAAUCCAAUUGUUAAGGAAGAAUUUCUUACAACCAGUGCAGAUGGAACUGUUAGAACCUGGGAUUUCUACACUGGGGGCAAGCAACACAAACAGCUCAUAAAAUGCCGAGCGCAGAACGGCCUGAAAGUCUCUCCCACCGCGGUAAACUUCAAUCGCGACGGCAAAGUGAUUGCCUGCGGCUGCGCAGACGGCUCCAUCCAGCUCUGGGAUUUUCGCAAAAGUUCCGUGGCGCCGGCCAGUCAAAUGCGCAAGGCUCAUUUGCCAACAGACAUCAGCAGCAUUUGUUUUUCGCACGUUGGCGACCACUUGUUGACGAGGAGUUGCGACGAAACUUUAAAAUUGUGGGACGUUAGGAAUUUUAAGAAAUGCGUUAACGAAGUUGGCGGAUUGUUUACCAGAUACGACACAACGGAUGCUAUUUUCAGUCCCAAUGACAGCAUUGUGGCAACUGGGUUGUCAUUAAAUAAAGGAGAAAAAUCUGGCGAAAUAUUAUUUUACGACGCCACAAACUUCAACCUAAUCCGGAAAAUGGAAGUGGUCAACUCGCACACCAUAAAAUUGAUAUGGCAUCCAAAAUUGAAUCAGCUAUUCGUUGGUACCGGCAACGGCCUAAUCAAAUGUUUAUAUGACGAGAGGAAGAGUUUGAGAGGAGCCACUUUGUGCGCAGUAAAAAUACACAGAAAAGCGCAGCAUAGCGAAAUGAUGAGCACCCAACAAGUUAUAACACCGCAUGCGUUGCCUAUGUUCAGACAGGAGAGACGGAAAACGAGUAGGAAACAAAUGGAGAAGGACAGACUGGAUCCUGUCAAGUCCAAAAGGCCAGAUUUACCAAUUACUUCAGGUCAAGGUGGAAGGGUGGCUUCUAGCGGUGGCACCCUUAGCAGCUUUGUUAUAAGAAACCUGGGUCUUAGCAAAAGAGUUGAUGAUGACCAGGACCCAAGAGAAGCCAUUCUGAAAUUUGCCAAGGAAGCUGAGGAGAAUCCAUACUGGAUAACACCUGCCUACAAAAAAAGCCAACCAAAACCACAAGCAGACAAUGAUGAGCCUGAAUCCAAAAAAUCCAAACCAGGGUAA